AGAGGAAGUUGCUGGUUUCCAUUAAGCAUCAUGGUUAGCAACGUUGCGACUGCAGGUGGUUCUACAGUAUAUAUGGAAUCUGGACCCGUGUAUCAAACUCUUCAUCAUAUCCGUGAAGCCAUUGGAGACACGUGCAUGACUGGGAUUUCACAGACCUUUAAUCAAUCUGAGAAACAACAUAUUAUUGAUGAACUUCUCCUCAUGAUCAAAGUUGUCGGUAACAUAGGGACGCCCGUCCAGUACGUGUAUGACACUAAGUAUACAGGAAUGGAGGGGGAGACUGGGGAUCGGAGACUGGUUCAGGCCUUGCUACAGUGCGCUUACAAUACAGAACUUCCCAACAAGGUCGCAAAGGCAGCCAUAUUGUCACUUCACAAAAUGACCUUCACCCCUGAGAUGAAAGAUGCCCUUGUUGGUAUUCUUAUUGAUGUGAAUCGACCACCAUCAUCACGCACGGCGAUAUUUGCUAGACUUGUGGUGCACCCCGACCGUGACCUAGCCAUGGGACUUCUCGAACUCAUACACACCGAGAAAAUGGGUUAUAUGAAAAAUUAUAUGAUUACCCACGUCAAGAGCCUUUUGCAGAACGACCUACCGGAUCUAGAAGGAAUACGAAGCAUCUGGAAUGAAGUGAUUGAUGCAGAUUCUAGAAAAAUGCCGUACGGUAGUCACUGGUUGGGAAGGUCCAAAUUCAUCGAGAUAUCUCGUUACAUAAGACUUCCCAUCAGUACUACGGUAUAUGGUCUACAGUUGGAAAUCGACACUGUUUACAAUAUCGCCAGUCCUGUUGUCAAUGCAGUUGUACUCCGACUCAACUACUUUGCUGGCCAGAAGUUAAAUCUCCUGGAGUUGGCAUUAGAUAUAGAUGAUUUCCACGUACUGAUUGAUGCAAUCAGUGAGGAUAUUCCGUUCCUCCACAAAUACUUCCCUAUGCCAAGCCAAUUUGACUCUUCGAGGGAUGAAACAGUUUUCGCUACCUUGCAGAAAAAUAUAGUAGCAGCAAUUUUGGAGUUAUUUGAUAAGAUAAAUCUGUCCCAAACGAAAGUCCCUGAUGGCUUAAUUCAUGUGAAGGUACUGGGUAAAGAAUUAUUUUUCCUUGAUAUCCGGGAUUUGAUGAUGACUGUGCUGCAGAGUAAGUCCAAGCAGUCUUUCCAGGGCAUUGUUAUGGGACAUCUUCAAGGAAUACUGGAACAACUACCAAUGCACCGGACCAGUUCUACGUCAGUGAUGGAUAUGGUGAAGAUACUGCCUACAGUAGCAGGUUUUCCUAUGAACAUGACUGUUUCUGCAGCAAUGAGUAUGGGACUGGACUUCGAUGCUAGAUUGACCAUGCCAGAUAUUCUGAACUUGAACACUGAUGUCCAGUUGGAUGCAUCCCUUAAAUACCAUGCUGCUGUACAUUUAAAUGGAGAACUUACCACGAGGUUUGGUCAGCACAGUCUUUCUGGUGCAAGAGCCAGUUCAAGUGGACUGGUACAGAUGUCAGUAGCUCCGUCUUUACGCUUUAAUACUCAGCCUAAUCCUCCAAGGGUGCUGGAUAUAUCUCUCGGUCAAACCAAUACAGACUCAAAAUACACUGUAGCAAGUUUGAGCGGCCAUUUGUACUUGAUGCACCAAUCCGGAGAGAUAGAGGUAGAGGCAGACCCUGAAUUCCAGACCACGGUGCAGGACUGUGACAGAGGAAUACUGUCUGCUGUCACGGGCAACCAAGUGUGCUUCACGAGUGUGUUUCCCAACACGAUCUCAUCUACCAGACACGCUUACUUCCCUUUGUCAGGACCAUUUCAUUUUAGCCUGGAUACACGUAAAGUUGAAACGAAUACGUUUCGUCUGUCUUUGGUGCGUGAUUCGGGGGAUAACGAUGAUCAAAUAUGGAUGAACCUGACAAGAGAAGGACAGGAGAACAUGGAUGGAUUGAUCGUACAUUUCAAAGAAAAAGACCGUUUACGUCUAUUGGAACUAAGGAUUCCCUCAGCUCGGAUUCAUUUCUAUGCUAAAGAAGACAAUAACAGAUCCUAUGACGUUAUUUCUACACAUUACAAGGUGUUUGACGUACACAUGAGUAUUGAUGACACAACUGUGAACAGAUUCCUGGUACAGGAACGGCGCAAAACAACACUGACCCAGGACAGGAUGUCUACCUUAACGUCGCGUAAAAUCGUGGACGUCACACUAGCUAUUCCCGGGGCGAGCUUGGCAGUCACAGUGAACAGCUUCAGGAACAGAUCAAACGGACAUUACAAUACAGCUUUUAAUAUCACUUAUCAUUGCGUCAAAGCUCGUCCCCUGUUGUACCUUUUUCACUGGAAUCCUACCUUAGCCGCACAGAAUGGAGAUGUGUCUAUGGUCCAGGUAGUGAAUGACGCCGUCAUUGGCUACAUCGACGAUAGCAGCCUAUGGCGAGCCAACGACUAUAUGCUGCUCAAACUACCAGGUUUGAAAAUCAGUCUGGAUAAUAAGAUGAAAGCAAACGUGACCCACGCCAACCGCCACACUGUCAUCUCAUACACAGGCAUUAGCGGCCAGGAGCAAACAGUGACAAUGAAUGCCCAUGUGGUUAACAGCACCAACGCCACCUACAAUAACUAUGACUACUACAUGUUGCUCUCACACAGUAUAGUGCCCUACAACCUGUCUCUUCGAGGUCAUCUCAAAGGCAUCAGCCGAAAUCUAAAUAUAUUGACUGCAAUUGAACAAGUUUCAAAGACUGUGCAGGAAUCCCCCGCAGGAUCCAAUACGGAAGUAACUGCGGGGAGUGAUGGGACAGAGUCCUGUAUGGAGACACCCGGGAGGACAGUGUUGACUUUGACACUUGUCGGCGUACCCGUGUCCGAGGGGAUAGAGAUGAGAUGGGAUUGCAACUAUAUCAGACAAGUGUGUGGGGGGCAGAUACUGUACCAAACAACAGGUGUGUACGGUCGUCAGCCAGUCAAUACACGAAGGAACUUCCACUACUGGUUGACUCUAGAUGCGACGGUCACUAAAUCACGUGAUGCGGUGGGACAGCAGGAGGCUGUGGUAAGAUCGAAGUCAUAUAGGGGCAACUUCCGGUUACACAUUAAAUAUUAUCAGGUCGUGCACGUGGUCCUGGAAUACAGCAGUCAAUUGAUCAACGCAUCUUAUAUCAUAAAUAUCCAUGAAUUGCAAAGGAGAGGAAUAUCUGCUCUUUUCCACAGUCAGCUGCAGACGCCAUGGCCCUUGUUCAACUACAACAUCAGACAUUUUUACAGUUGGACCGAUCACUUGAUUCACGAAACGGAAGUGGCGACUGCCUGGCUGGAUGUCGACACAAUAGCACAUUAUUACAUUCAUUGGAUCGACAUAUUGAGAAUAGAAGUGAACAGCACCAUUGACUCGAGGCUUCCAUGGCUACCAGGGGCUACAAAUAUCACCGGCCACUACGAGAUGUCAAAAGACGUUUUACCUCAAGUGUUAGUGACUCUUGAAAGGUCUGAGGGAACGAUCGCAAUAAAGGCUGAUAUGGUCAACACAACUAUCAACAUUAUCACUGUAACUUUCCAAAAGCCCGAUGAUGAUGAAGUUAUGGACUUGCUUACCUGGAAGAUGGAGCUGACGCACACACUCGCGAUUACGCACACACUGAACUGGAAUCCUGAUUUGGUCCAAGUUGUCCAAAACGAAGGUGUUGUUCAGUUCAGCCAGCUGCGAUUGGCCCUCGUGGAUGCUGGAGAAGUCGCCCUGCAUAACUCCAGAAAACCAGUAAUGCUGAUGGUGAUUCCAUUUACGGAUAUGACAGUGGGUGGACUCCUGCAGACGUAUUUAUAUCCAUACUUGAGAUUCCAUAUAACAAACGGGUAUCCCGGAUCUUUGUCCAAGGAAGACAGCUCUCCUCAUACGCCAGUCAAAACCGAAAAUGAAACGAGUGAUGGAAAAAUCUCCCCACAUCAAACUACUUUAGGAGAUCUAACGUUGGGUUUAAUCUCACGAAACAUUGGAAAAGCCCUGGUAGCUGUAGGUAGGGUCAAUACCCGUCCUCCGUGGAUUGUAGAACGCUUAAUGGACCGUCUAAUUCGCCCCUCGAUACAGAAAAUAAUAAGUGAAUCUCGUAUUUCAAUUACGUUGCCUCUCCUUGGCCAAUGGCGCUCAUUUUUGUUGAGUCCAAGACAGACAUAUGGCAUCCGUUACCUUGAGGCGCUGAGCAACCGCCUGAUGAGAGGACCCAGUACCAGAGACAGAACUGCCCACGGCAUUGUCGUCAACCGGCAGUAUUUGUAUACAUACUAUGGCCGGAUAUACCACAUACCAGAUGAUCAAGCCGCUGACUGUAUCCAUUUGCUGGCCGGAGACUAUAGCCGUGAAACAUUCGCAUUGUUAUUAUCACGUCAGGGUAUCAGUGUGGUCACCAGCGAGAUGUCAGUCACGUUAGAAUUUGGUGGAAACGUCUUCCGUGAUAACUGUCCACGCCCCGUUCGUUUGCCACUUGGACGAAAAGGGAGUAGAAUUCAUGUGUAUAUGGAACGUGAGAAUAUGAUUCUGACCACAACGUAUGGCGUUCGAAUCUCGUGCACAGAACGACGAGGUGUGUGUCAUAUCUACUUGGAAAACAAUCAAUUUGGUCACUCAUGGGGACUGUUAGGGAGCAACGACGGGGAUCCGGGAUCAGAUUUCCAGCUUCCCAGUAAAUACAUCACUCCUGUUAUCAGAGAAUUUAUCCAAAGCUACGCUGUAGGAGGUCCACCGAAAUGCUUUGCACCAGGGUCCUACUACCAAGCAAAGCUAAGCGAAGCAUUACAACCGGCUCCCCAAGUCCCAAGCAACGUACAGACACUGUGUAGUACGGAAAUGGCGGAUGAAUGCAAUCGACAGUUUACAGAGGCCAUUAAUUCAUAUAGAUGCGACUCCUAUAUAUCGGCGCAACAGUUUUUGGAAAGCUGUUUGUCCGAAGCCAACAACUGUGGUCGAGUUGCAGCAGAUGCUUGCAAGCAUAUCCGUUCUUACGAAUAUAUUUGCCAUUGGAAAAUAUCCUAUCUGAUAAUUCAUGUGAAUUGUAGACUAGAUAAGGCAUCAACUAACGACGAAGGCAGUCGACGACCUAUUGAUAUUGUGCUGGUCUUGGAUGAGAACUUGGAAUCCUCGCGACCAGACAUGGAAGCUCACGUGGAAUCUCUACUUCACAUUGUGAAAAGUUAUAUACAUAAUGUACAGCUGGGAAUAGUCGGUUAUGGAGGAGAUUCGCAAAUGAAUGAUGCGCUGGACCCUACGGCUUCCACUAGGUACAUGGUUGACCUGGACAGACUGGAUGUGAGCACGAUGAAUUCUCCAUGGAGAACAGCGUGGAAGCAGUUUCCGAACGUGGACACAAUGGACAGCGCAUUGAAUAUGGCAGCUACUUACCCAUACCGUAUGAACACCCAGAGGGUGGUCAUCGUUAUAUCUAGGGAGGAAAAUCCACAUGUUAGUGAUGAUGUGAAAUCCAAAUUUGAAAACCUAAAUAUAAUAGUAAAUUCCUUUGGGAGCUACGACUCUGUGGAUCCGUCUGACAAGGUCAACGGUAUAAACUGGGACAGUACCGUCAUCUACAGGGAUUGGUUCUCGACGUAUCGCAUACUCCCAUUGCCCGAGGGACGUCUUGUCGAACUUGUGGUAGCCACUAAAGGAGCAAUCUUCAAUGCUGACGCAAUCACUCAAAGCCGUAAAAAGAGGAUGAAAUUCAUCAUAAAACAUAUCAAAGAGAUGAUCAAGCUGAAUGAUAUUUGUUAAUGUUAGAUUAUGUACUAUGUUCUAGUCACAACAAAAAGUUUUUUUUUAUUUUAUUUGUUUUUAUUUGUUUUGAAAACCAAAUAAUUUCUGAGAUGCUGUAAACGUUUAUAUCCACAUUUUUACACCGAUGUACACAAUCUAGGUUCAAAGUAAUAUAUAUUUCAUAAUGUUUUCUGAUGCUCCAAAAUUGUGUAAACAACUAUUCCGUAACAAGUUAUACCAACAUAUAUUAUUUACUCUGGUUGACCCGGAUGGGAAAACGGGAGGGGUUUUGCCGUUGGAGGAACCGGGGUACCCGAAGAAAGCCCACGUAAUCAGGCAUGUGACCUCAUACCUUUACACGUCCAAUCAUGAAUCGAACCCUGGCCGCCUAGGUGAAAGGCAAGUGCGCUACCACUGUACCAUCCGGUCAUCCAAUUCUAUCUAAUUGUAACAUGUGAUAUAAGUUAUCUUACAUGUACAACUACUGUAACUUCUUUAUUUUCGUUUGGUGUAAACUUAAUUUUGAGAAUUCAUCAAUGUGUAAUUGAUAGGAUUUAAGGAAAUCGUUGAUUAAAUGUGAAAUGGCAUCAUCUCACUCAAAUAUAGUGUAAAAAUAAAAAUGAAUAAGGCACUUAAGAUAUGGUCGAUAGUUUAAUUUUACGAAAUAAAAUUGAAUAUUUGUUUUAUUU